AUGUCCGCGACGGCGAUUUUCUCUCUAACGAAUCCCAAUGCCGUCGUCGCCGGAUUCGGUGGUAACCGGACAUUCAGUUCCCGGGGCUCCGUAGCUAAACCGAGCUCCAGAUUUUUACCUGCUUCUCUGAUGAAGACUUCGCCGAUUGCUUCUAGAUUCUCUCCGUUGCUUCUUCCAAUUAGGUCAUCGAAUUCUUCGGUCUUCAGGAGAUUCGACACUCUCAUGGAGUGGCAAGAGUGCAAAGUGAAGAAGAAGGUUGAAGUGCCUGCAUCAGUUGCUUAUGGACUCUACUCUGACCGAGAAUCGAUUCCUACGUGGAUGUCUUUCAUUUCAGCCGUAAAGGUACUGAAGGACAAACCUGAGUUAUCUCGAUGGACCUUGAAAUAUAAAGCAUUUGGUCAGAAUAUAGAGUACUCUUGGCUUGCUAAGAACUUGCAGCCUCUCCCGAACCAGAAAAUACACUGGAUUUCUCUUGAAGGCCUUCCUAACAAGGGCACUGUUCGGUUUUUCCCGCUAGGACCUUCUUCAUGUGAUGUAGAACUAACCUUUGCAUACGAAGUUCCUAUGCUACUUAUACCGUUUGCAGCAGCGCUUCAACCGCUAAUGCAAGGGAUGAUCAAGAAUAGUUUGGAUCAAUUUGCAGAGAUAGCAAAAAGCACAAAGACUACUUAG